AAAGCCCGCCCAGAAGAGGAGGCGAAGUCCUGGCCGUGCCGAGCGCCGGCAGCCGCCCCGGAAAGAAGACGCGCUCGGUGGCAUCGGCGGCGGUGGAGUAGGACCCGGCGGGGGAGGGAACGGUUGGCUGCGGGCCAGCUGGCCGUAGAGCCUCUGCGGGGGCGGCGUUGAAGCCAGGCGCGGGGCAUGGGGGCCGCCCGGCUGCUGGGGGCCGCGCUCUGGGCCCUGCUCCUGCCGCUGAUAAGUGCCCAAGGAGGAAUUCUGCAUGCAGUUCAAAUUGACAAUCCCUAUUUAACCAAGGAUUAUUGCAUCUAUUACAAUUCCACCUGGACUUCCCUUCCUGAUAGCUUAUCUAGCAUUGACUAUGCAAGACUGGAUUUUUUGACCCAUACGUUGCUCUGCAGCCCAUCCGACGUUACUCAAGACAUCAAGAACAAAGCAAUCGUAGUAAAGAGGGGAAAUUGUACUUUUCUAGAAAAGGCAGAGAUUGCUCAGCGGUUCGGUGCUAAAUUGUUGCUGGUGGCCAGCGAAACUUCCAUACGUUCUCCGGGAGGGAACAAGACCCAGAAUCUCACCAUUCCUAUUGCGCUCGUUAGAGACGCAGAUAUAAAGGAUUUGGAACAGAGUCUUGGAAGAAAUGUUAAUGUGGGAUUAUAUACACCCCCUUCGCCGGUCUUCGAUUAUAAUUUGGUGAUCAUUUUCCUAAUCGCAAUGUUCUGUGUGUCUCUUGGAGGCUACUGGAGUGGCAGGGCAGAGCUUGAAAAGCUGAAACGAGGCCCCAACCCCGGAAGCAAUGAAUCAUUAUCGGAUGAAGAAACUCUUACUUUAACCCCUUUGACCGUGGUCAUAUUUGUGUUCUUCUGCUGCAUUAUGCUGGUCUUGAUGUAUUUCUUCUACAAAUGGCUCGUGUAUGUGGUUAUUGCCAUAUUCUGCGUGGCAUCUGUUUCGAGCAUGUACUCCUGUCUCUCUGCCCUGGUGAAAAAUAUACCUUAUGGACAAUGCAGGUUUCCAUGCUGGAAUCGCGCCCUUGAAGUGAGACUUGUUUUCCUCUUUCUGUUUUGCUUAGCGCUGUCCGUUACCUGGGCUGUGUUUCGGAACGAGGAUAGCUGGGCUUGGAUUUUACAAAACAUCCUGGGAAUUUCUUUCUGUCUGAACUUCAUUAAAACACUCAAAAUGCCCAACUUCAAGUCAUGUGUGAUUCUUCUAGGUCUCCUUCUUUUAUAUGAUGUGUUUUUUGUCUUCAUCACACCUUACAUUACCAAAAGUGGAGAAAGCAUCAUGGUUGAAGUGGCAGUCGGACCGCUUGAAAGCAGUGAAAAGAGUGAUGGAAACUUGAUGGAUGCCUCUGCUGAGCAGUCAGCUCCUCAUGAGAAAUUGCCUGUGGUCUUCAAGGUGCCCAGGUUGGACUUGUCACCAGCAGUGUUGUGCAUGAGGCCAUUUUCAUUACUUGGAUUUGGUGAUGUUGUUAUUCCAGGUCUCCUGGUUGCGUACUGCAAGAGAUUUGAUGUGCAGACCAGCUCUUCCUCCGUGUAUUUCAUUUUCUGCACCAUAGCUUAUGGUGUCGGCAUGGUGCUCACCUUCGUGUGUCUAAUAUUCAUGAAGAAGGCUCAACCAGCUCUUCUCUAUUUAGUGCCUUCCACACUCAUCCCUUGUGUCCUGGUUGCUUUGUACCGCAAGGAGAUGAGAAAAUUCUGGAACGGUAACAGCUAUCAGGUGAUGAAUUCUGCUUCUAAUGAAGAAAAUGCCACACAAGCCACACAACACCAUGAGGGACAAUAACGCAUCACCAAAAAUAAUGUACUAUGAUUUUUCUAUUCAAAUAAUAGAGACUGGUUUAAUUUUUAAACUGGAAUAUUUCAUACACUUUAUUAUGAAAAGAAUCGCCUUUUUUUUUUACACUUGCACAUAUAUUUUUGUGAAAAGUUUACUAUUGAUAUUCUCAGAAUUGUUAGAACAUGUUAUUUCUCGAGGUACCAAACCAUAUUCAAUAAACCUGUGCCUUGCUUCAAUUCAAUUCAAGUUUGUGGCCUAUGAGAUAAAUAGUAUUUCUAAUCAGUGGUCCAAUUUGCUCCUGGAUCUCAGGCUUUCCACCUAAAUCUUUAUUUGAAGCAUUUAGGAGCAGAAUAAUGCAGACCAGAAGUGUCUUAUCAGAGGUCCAGCUAGCAGGAAACGCCAUGGGUUACUAUGCAAAUAUGAGAAAGUAAUGAUGGGCAACUAAGAGUUACAUGCAACCAUGUAAUCCUAUGAGUGCAGUUCCCAGAAGUCCAGGUUGAUGCCAAUAUUCUGCAGCAAAAUAUAUAUUUGAUUGCAUCCAAUGUUUGUCCCCCAAAAGAGAAAAACACAGGCACUGAGGCCUCAACAUUCCCAUUUUUUAAAAUGGGAACCAAACCCUAAAAAAACCCCCAAAACCUGAAAUAUUCAGCCCAGCCUUUUCCAUUUUGUAGCAAUGUCACUGUCACAAAUCUUUUGAUCUUCAGUGGUUGAAAGAAAAAAAGAUAUACAACCUGUGGCCUCAAAAUGGGUUCUCUCCUGUAAAAUACUACAAAUUAUAAUGUAUAAUGUAGAGGGGUUGUGAAAUCAUAAAAUGAGUAAGAUGGACAAAGAAUCGGCCGAGAUAAGCCCAUUCACUCAUUAUUGUUGUAAUUAGGAGUUCCUGUACUUAGUCCACUGUUUAAAACUUUUAAAACAGUCGUCAUAAUAUUAAUAGAAUAAAUUCAGCUCUAGCAUUUUGAUUUGAAAGAGAUUUCCCACUUUUAACAUCUCUUGGAAGUGCUGAUGAACAAAAGUUUGGUAACUUUGAGGACCAACAUAAUUUUAAACCAAAGACUUGGAGGAAUGUGUAAAAGAAAAAAAAACCGGGAAAAAAGACUUGGCAAUGCUUUAGUUCAGAUGUAAUAUAAGAACAACAGUGUAACAUAAACUUCCUCACUUGGUGUCUUCCACAUAUCAUAGGACUGCAGCUUCAGAAUAUUGUUAAGAAUUCUGGGAAUUGUAUUCUACGCGUUUAAAAGCCAUCAAGUUAGGAGAAGCUGGAAUAAUUAGCAUACCAUAGAUCUUGUAGAGCAACUGAAGAGACCGGAAGCUUUUGAAAUAACUGUUUUUUAUGAAGUUUUCACUCAGGAGAAAUAGGCCUCAUUUAAAUGAAACGUCAUUUUAAGCUAAUGAGAACAAGUCUAAAAAGCAAUUUAAAAGCAUUUGCUAUUCUUUUUACUAGUUGCGUAUUUGUAAAGUCAAUCUCCACAAGAGAAGGUAGAUCCACAAAGCAAGAAUUUCCUCUAAAUUUGUAGACACUGUCUUAUAGCUAUUUAAACUGCUGAUUUUGUGUGGGUUAUUGAUUUGAGGUGACACACCCAUGAAGAAGGUUGUCUUCGUGAGAACUUCCCUCCCAAGCCCCAAGGUGUAGGCAAUGAAGGGUAGAAUAGAUUGUACCAUAGCUACGAUUCCUUAAUCUAUAUAUCAGAUAAUAGGUUCAGGGACUUUCCUAGACCAUUUGAUGGAAGAGUUUCCAUUCAAAGUUGAGCAGAAUACAGAAAUGAAAAAAUGGCCUACCUUUUCUUGAUAUACCAUUGGGGUCUUCUUGUAUGGGACAGGAGGCAUAUGGCUGGGAUAUUUCUGUUUUCUUUUCAGUCAUAAUUGAUGAAGCUUUAUUUAAUUAUUACCUGAGUCCUUUCUGUCAAAAGGCUUACUGAUCAAAUGAGAUACAUUUAAAACAAUCAAGGCUGCAGAGCAGGUGACCCGAUCAUCAGGUUUACAGACCUAUGAAACUUGAAACGAUAAAUACCAAGGUUUCUUAUCCUAUUCCCAACAUGAUCCAUUUUUCUUUUUUCUUCAUUCUUUUUAAUUAUUCUUUAGUCAACAUGAAUUCAAACAGACUUCUCGUUUUAACACCGGUUGUAAUAAAUCAAGGGAACCUGAAACUUGUAUUUGCAUGAUGGGCAGAAAAGAGAUCCUUUGCUCUUAAAAUGUCUUUUGAUGAGACGCAAGCUUAAAUUGUAGAUAAAAGGUUAGUCUUAGUUUUAAUUUUGCUGGGCUUGGGAGAGUAAAAGAUGGCGAGGAAAUGAACAGCCUUUUUGAAUUGAUUUUGUCUAUUUUUUUACAUUGUUAUUUUGGAAUUUUUAAAAAAAAGUUCAAUAAAUUUAAUUCAUAGAGAAAUGUCAAAUUUAAUCUUGUUUAAUGUCUAAGUUCAUUGAGUUACAUUUGUAAGGAGUAGAAUUGACAAAUUAUAUAAAAUUGUCCACUGAAUAUGCAUAUGCUUUUUUAAGACGGAGAGUAUGAUUCAAUUCAAGUAUGAUUCAAAUUAUGACAAAUAUUCCAAGCUUCUCAUUUUGAAAUGUCAAAUUAACAGUGUCUGUAUGGACUAUUUAACAGUAUUCUUUAAAAUUGGGUGCUUUAACAACUGACUACUGAAUAGCAUGCUAGGGGCCACAUUGGACAUCUACUAAAAAGUGCUUAAAAAUUCAGUUGUCCAUUUUCAUUUUAACAGCCUUAGUAAUAAGAAUAACAUUUAUCAUUGUCCUGCUAGAGCAAUAAUCCAGUCUGAUAAUCACCUUCUUUGCUGCUUUAUUUCUGAAACAUUGUAUAUUUUUGUUUUCUAAGAUUAUUAUAAUUUGGAAAAACAUUUUGUAUCAAAUAAACUUUCAGCAAUAAUUUAAGAA